CUAAAAUAAAAUAAAAAAUGCCGAAGCCAAAACGGUAUGAAUGGAGAAUCAAGCAGAAACCUCCACAGAAAGCAGCAGCACCAUCAUCCGCUACGCCACCGCCACCGCCACCGCCGUCGCCACCGUGGGUGGAGCUUCCUCGAGAAAUAACGGCGGACAUCUUUCGCCGUGUGGGAGUGGUAGAUACAUUGCUAAAUGCACAGAAUGUUUGCAAUAGCUGGUGGGAGGUGUGCCAUGACCCUUCCAUGUGGCGAGUCAUUGACAUGCGCAAUCCAGAAGAUAUGGAAAUGGAUGUUGUCUUUCACAAGUCGUGCCGCGUUGCUGUUGAUCGCAGCCAGGGUCAGUUGUCCAAAAUUAACAUCGAGUAUUUUGGUAAUAACGGCUUGCUCAAGUAUAUAGCUGAGAGAUCAAAUCAGCUAAGGCAUCUACGACUUGUCGGCUGUGAUAAUAUUUCAAAGGGAAGUUUAGCUGCAGUAGCUAAAAAUUUCCCGUUGUUGGAGGAGUUACACAUUUACUUAACUUCUAUUAGUAUAGUGGAUAUUGAAGUUAUUGGUCGUUCGUGCUCUCAGCUGAAGUCAUUUACAUUGAACGUCUGUGGAUUUAGAGGAGGAUUGACAGGAUUUAGAAGAUUACAGAUCAAUGUCGAUGAUCAAGCUCAUGCUAUUGCAUUAAAUAUGCCUGAAUUGCAACACCUUGCACUUUUUGGGAAUACAAUGACAAACGAAGGUUUGUGUGCCAUUCUUGAUGGCUGCCCCCUGCUUGAAUCACUUGACUUACGCCAUUGCUAUAGUAUUGAUCUUGAAGGGGAUGUUGGAACGAGAUGUCGCCAGCAGAUUAUAGAUCUGAAGUGCCCUCAUGAUUGCACUCAUAGUUAUGAAUUAAGUGCUCAAAUUUGUGAUUACAACCCUGCCGAUGAUGAAUCUGACCAUGGUCUCUCAAACUAUUAUAAUUACAGUGACUUUGACUAUAUUUAUCCUGACUUGGAGCAUGACGACUUCAAUUACCUUUCUGGAGAUCUGGAUGAUGAUGGUUUCUUUUGGUGAAGAUCGUUCCUUAAAUCUGUUAAUGGUUCUUGGUUGCUGGGUCAACUGCGAGUCGUCCUGCUUCCAUUUCAGUUGGAAGUGUUUAGGUUUUGUACGUUGCUGGUGGCAGAUUUUUAAUCAUAGUUACUAAGGCAGGCCUUCAUCUUCUUCCUUUAGCACUUUACUGCUCUUGGAACCAUCUGUAAUUACCGUGUUCUCCCCGUCUGCUUUGGUUCAUAAACUAGUUACUUGAGAUAAAUUUGGAAAUCUCUUACUGAAGGAGGUUUGAACGUAUAUAUAUAUAUA